UUCAAAGUAAAAAUGUUUUAUAUGAACAAUUAUAUCAUUUAAUUUGAGUAAUUGUAACUAUUAUAAUUACAUUUUGGCGGAACUAAUGUUCGGCAGAAAAUGUUUCAGAGGGAAGGAUAAUAUGAACGGGAAUUCCCUCUGUUUACACCGCUACAACGUGGGUCGCAGUGAUUGAACUAUUAUGACUAGGUAAAAAAUAAUAUAAAUUUCCUAAAACAGUUUGUAGACAUUGUUAUUCUGUUUAUUUCAAUAAUGUCGGGAAAGCGUCGCGCCGGUGCGUCGGCAAAGUCUGCCGUUCCGGUGAAAAAAGAGAAAAGCCCUGAGUUUAAUGGAGCUGAAUUCAAAGCCAUGCUGAAGAACCCCACCACUACUGUGAAAGGCCUGGAAAAAUUCGUGUCAAUUGGGAGGAAGCUGCCCUGUCCUGAUCUGUAUGAUGUGGUUGAGGGUUUUAUUAAGAUAUCAAUGGAGUGUGCAGAAAUAUUCCAGCUGCUGGAAGGAGAGAAACACACAGAAAAUGAGACCAUGCUGGUUUUUGAGAGCUUGGAAGUGAUUCUCUUGAGGACAGCCAGUGACCUCUCUCAUUUCAACAUGGUUGGCAAUGGGAUUGUAAAAAAGAUAGUUGCAAAUCACAUGAAACUUCUGCAGGGCUCUCUUCACUCAGCAAACCAUAGAUUUGUCCGUCACUGCCUCAAUCUACUGUCCGCCAUGGUGUCCCAAGGUGUGGAAGCUGCUCGAGAAGUCUUCAGCCACAUUCAUAUAAAAGCUUUGUCAGGGCUGGAAAAGAGAAAGGAUAAAAUGGGGAGACCUGAUGUCCGCCUGGCUUUCAUUCAGUUUGUUCUGUCCUUUCUGGUGUCAGGAGAUGGAGCAAUCAUUGGACAACUAUUAGAAGUUAAAGAACUCCUCCCACACAUCCUGAGUACGGGUCUGAAGGAGGACAGGAUGUCUACUGUCAAUUUGAUUUUGUCUACACUGAAGACAAGAGUUGUGCUUAACAAAGCAAUUAGUAAAACCCAGAAAGUGCGAUUUUUCACUCCUGUCCUGCUGGGCAACAUCGCCUCUCUGUACAGAUGGAACGGGAUUCCCGACGCCACCACUGAUGAUGGUGAAAUGGCACAAGACUCUUCUGGGGUAUCAGUGGUCCGAGAACUUGUUCACCGCUUUUUGCUUGACCUUUGUUGCUCCCGUAAGCAUGGCAUCAACUUCCAUGAUCCCCACUUUGGAACCGCUGGCGGAGUUGGCAACCUGGUCUUGCUUCAGUUCUUGGUAGGGCUGAAGCAGGCGACCGAGGAUGAGCUGGUGGCAGAGCUGGUGGUCAAUGUCCUGAAAAACAGCCCCGACAUUCUGUCCCGAUACUUCAAGGAGACUCAGUACUCAUACACCCCCCGCCCCAAGAGCGCCUGGCAAGACAACGUUAAUCUGCUGAAAAAAAUCUAUGAGGCGCAGCCGGAGAUUUCCACCAUUUUUCAAACGUGUGAGGCGAUCCCUGUGACCCGCCUGAUCUCCAUGAUUAUGGUGAUCUCGCUUCCUCCGAUCUGCAAUAAGACCUUCUUCACACAAGGCCUCUGUCUUGCCAACCAAAAAGUGCAGCUCACAACUGUGUCAGUGAUGAAUUUCAUACUGAAAAGAGCCAGUAAGAACAUAGAAUACCUUCUGGAUAAGACGGCGUGGGAAAGAUCGGAUGUUUACUCUGCAGAGGUGAUGGAGCAGUUGGUGCAGCAGUACAGGGAGGCACUGGGCAAGAUUUUGCCCGACAUGACGACGAUCAUUUCAACAUGGCAGUCGCUUAGCAAAAAGGAAAAAGCUGAAGGUGAUGGGAAUAAAUCCAAGAGUGAUGGGAGUGCUGACCUGACGGAAACUACAAAUGAGCUGCCAGUUGCUGAGACGGCGGAAAUUGUUUUGCUGAAGGCUUUGAUUCUUCAAGUCAUUUGCCUUUACCAGAAGGUCAUGCCCCACCUGGUUCUGCAGUGCAAAUUUGAUUUCAGCAAACUCCUAAAAGGGAUUGUCUCGGAGAAAGGAAUGAAAGAAGAGGUUCCUCCAGUCUUACAGUAUCAGAUUCUGCAGUUAGCUUUAGAUCUGCCUGCAAGCAAAUUCUCCUGGUUUCGCAUUCAGGAAGCUGCAGAGUCUGCAGAAAAGUCCGUUCUAUAUUUGCUUCUCAAGAUGUUUGUCAACAGCAGCAAAAGUCACCUGAGGUCCUCCACACAGAAGCUGGUUAUUAAAGUACUUCAGGACACUGGUGUGUUUGAGCACACAUGGAUGGAGCUUGAACUCUGGCUUAACCAGCUGGACAGAGUAGAACCCAGCCAGCAGGAGACUGUGAUCCAGUUUCUGGAGCGAGUGUUUGUUAAGCUGGUGUGCAACUCUUACGAAUACACCGAUAAGGUUGCCAGCCUCGUCCAGGAGGCAGCGUAUCUUCAAGCUAACCUGAGCAGCCAGGAGGGAGACACCGGCAGCCUGCCGGUCUCACACAUAGACGAUGUUUUAGACAUGCUGGACAUCAUCAUGGAGGGAAGUGAAGGGGAGAUGGAGGAGUUCGGCCCAGCUCUGAGUGAAGAGCUCAUCAUCCAGACGUUCCCCUUCAGCGCUGUGGUUCCCGCUGCUCUGGAAGCUCGGAAUAAACUUCAGUCCGACAAGGGAGAGGUCUGUAAAUACCUGUCUGCGGUGCUCUCCGAUGUGCUGCACUGUCAGAGAGACCCGCUCCCUUUCUGCCUGGCUCUGCUACACUACGAUAAAGAGCUCGUGUCGUCUGGACUUCCUGCUUCCACUCAUCCAUCCGUUAUUCACCUUCACCAGUAUUACUCGAGUUGGUUGCCUCAGCAGAGUCGGGAAGAGCUGUUCAUGUCUCCUGCAUCCAUCUCCAACGAAGCAUUAACGUCUGAUUCCUACUCUGCUAUGAUGAAAGCUGCAUACAUGCAAGGAGCAGACACCUUAACAACAACCGCCUUCAGGAAAAACAUAGAAGCAGCUUUAGAUUCCACGUCACAGACGGAGUUUCCAAUCGCAAUAAAGCAGGUUUUACUGUACAUCAAAUCUACAGUGGAAAACUUUGGCACGUUUUCCAAAGAGGCUGGAGCAGCUCUCCUGAAGACUUUAAUGGGAUUUCUCCAAGGUAUGACAGUGAAACUUAAAAGUUUUGCAGAAACCCAAAACUCUGAAGCAGCACCAGCGGAGAAGGAGCAAGAUGCAUCUCAUUUGUUUCUAGAAGUUAAUCAGUCAUCGGAGGUUGAAACAAAUAAAAAACAGAUUGUCGUUGCAGCUCUCGGUUCCAUCCUCAAGCAUCCGUGUUUGGAGCAGUGGUUCCUGGCGCUGGAGUUGUCGGCGUUGCCUCCUCACUCCCUGAAGCCUGUCAGGCUGAAGCAGCUGUGCGCUCUGAUAACAGAUGACACUCUGACCCUGCUGAAGAUCGGCGCUCCCGUCCUUAAAGAUCUCUGCCGCCCAGAGCUGCUCUCUGGCUACACGAGUUCGAUAAAACGAGCCGUUCUCAAGGAAUUAUCGGAAAAGCGUCCUCACCCUCCGAAGAGUCCCUCCAGAACGUUCCAAGCUCUCCUGUCUUUACACAGUUACAUGGAUUCUGGUAAUCUGAGGGAAGUGGCCUGUAGUUUGCUGCUUCAACCUCAAGACACUCUGAUUUGUGUCAGCAGUGACAAGUCCGACCUCAGCAUUUAUGGUCAUGCAGCGCUGCAAAUUCUCACAGCUUGUACGACUUUAGAGGAUCACGGUGGAUUCCUGACACCGGCACACCUUCAGGGUCUCAGCACCCUCCUGCUGUCCUGCUCCAGCCCCGAACCCGCAGCCCUGAUGCUCCAGACUCUGUCCAGAGAGCCGGGCUGUGCCAAGCUGAUGCACACAGACGUGUUCUCACACUGCCUCCGGGAACCUCGCCCAGACUUCCUGGCUAUCAGCUCUCUGCUGCUGCGAAACUGCUCCGCUCACCGCCUCUGCUUUGAGCUGUGGUGCCUUGAACCUGCAAACAUGGCAAAGCUAUCGAGUGAGACGGAAGCUUUCCUUCCACUGAUCAACACGUAUUUACAGGUGGCAAGCAGAGAAGAUCCAGCUCGACCUAAAGACGUUCAAAAAGAAGUUUUGAAAGCCUUAAAACAGGCUUUUCUGGAGAAAUUGUCUCCGUGCAUUCUGGGAAACCUCACAGACGACAGAGAAAUUGCAGAAACUGUUGCAAACCUGAUCAAACUCUCUACAGACAUCAAGGAUUUUGGGAAUUUGAUCAGUAAACUUCCCAGUGUCCUUCCGAGUGUGGACAGUUUUCAGAGAUGGAAAUUAGUGGAUGUUAUCACAGAUAAGCUCGUUGAUGAUUCGGAAGAACAAGAGAAAUGGAGGAAAUCGGUUUGUGUCGCAGCUUUGAAGUGUCUCACAGCCUCAUUCAGCCACUCUAAAGAUCAGCCGUCUUCUCUGUCAGAACAAGAGCACGGCGUCCUCCAAAGACUGGAGCAGCUCUUGAGUUCUGCUGAAGACAUCCCUGCAUCCGAGUGGAACAGUUUUGUCAAAAAUGGACUCAAGUAUCGCUACAGAGAUUCUAGUUUCCUGAACACCUUGAGCAGCCUGUUGACAGUGAUGUACGCUGAAGAGAAAGUCCAGAAAGAUUUCAUACCUUUAUCCACUCUUCAUCUGAUGAUCAGCAGCCACUCUCAGUUCCUACCAACCAUGCUGGGAUGUGAGGAAGAACCAGAUAAGAGUCAGGAGAAAGAAGCACUCGUAUCUCUACUUCUGUGCGUGGUGAAGAAAUGCCCAAAGGUCUGCAACAUCAGUCACUUUGUUGUUCUUUUGGGAGCAUAUGGAGCCACACUGUCCACUUCAGAUCAGAAACUUUUACUGCUUCUCCAGGAAUAUGAGAAAAAUCAAGUUAGCCUCCUGAAAUUCCAAGCUUUCUUGUGGGGCCCUGCGGCUGUGGAGCAUCACAAGACCAGGAAAAGUCUCGGAGCUUCUCUGUGGAAGCAGGCGAGCUCGGAUGACCUGCUGGCUCUGCUGAAGACGGACAGGAUGCUCCAGACCAUCUCACAGUUUCCACAGCAGCGCACAAUCAUCCUGCAGGAUGAAGUGGAACAGCUUUACAGUAACAAAGCAGUGAAGGACCUCAGUAAUCUGUAUGAUCCCCGUUUCCUUUUACCUCUCUUCAGCGUCAUACUUAGACCAGAAUGUGUCGUUGACUGCCUCAAGUUCAUAUCCAGCCACGCUUUGGGCUUCACUGUAAUGGCUCUCAGCAGCUACGACCCGAAGGUGAGAGCCGCCGCUUACCACGUGCUCGGUUCUUUCUACCACCAUCUGGAGGGAGCUCGCUUCAGAGAGAAGAGACAGAUGCUGUAUUUGAUGGACAUGGUGAAGAACGGAAUUCAGCAGCAGAAUCAAAAACUGCCGUUUGUUCUGACAUCUUACAUCGCCAAAGUGGCUCAGCAGAUGCUCAGACCCGAGGAUCACAUGUAUGUGGUCUUGAACAAAUUUCUGCUGUCCCAACAGAGUCUUGACUUGAAAAGAGUCCCAGAAUUUUUCAAGUUAUUCUAUAGCUUUGACCUGGAGCACAAGAUGGAACGUGAGUGGAUCCUGAGUGUGCUCGAGGAAGGGAUUAGUGAUGGCCACUGCUUCGAACUCUGCAACCAACAAGGCCUCUUUCAGAGUCUUUUGGGCUUCAGCAGCAGCCCGCUGUGUGACGAAACCUUCAAGGUACAGAUCGUCCGAGUGUUGUGCAAAGCUGCACGGGUGACGAAAGGAGCUUAUAACCUCACUAAGAGCAGCGGGAUCUUGAGCUGGAUGAUACAUUUCCUUGAAAAAAGGAUCCUGACGCAGCAGCUGCUGUGUUCCAUCGUGGAUCUGCUCUGUGUGCUUUGGUUCACUAAUCUCGGGGAGAAGGAAAAGAAGAACGAGGGUGUCAGCACCUCCUCAUCGACGGUGAAAUGCCUCCCUCUGCCGUUCAUCAAUGAGUUCCUGAGUGCAGCAUCAGCAGUCUGCAGACACCUCAGGUUGGGAGUGAAGGCCGCUCAGCUCAACAUGUUUGUGCAGAUGCUGAGCACUGCGCUGAUGCAUCGUGGGACAGCGCUCAAUGUAAACAAACAAGCAGACUGGCUGACGCUCCGUCCACAACCGCUGUCCAGCGCCGAAACCCUGACUCUGCUCCUCUGCUGGGCCUCUUUGUCCCGAAACGCAGCCCUGCUCAGCCAAAUCCAAGCACUAUCUGACAGACACAAAGUGACAGAGCUGAUGGGGUUGGGGAAGGAGAAAGUCCGAGGUAAAAGCUUCACCUCCCGCACCCACGGAGAGAAGUCAGCAGAAGACAAUGAAGCUGACGGACAGGAGAGUCUCCUGCAGGAGUGUAAACCUUCCCUCUGCAGGAUCUUCACUCACUGGGAGCCUGAGCUUCACUCCUCUGAAGCCCAGCCGGAGGUCAGUCUGCUGGCCUGUGAGACCGCUCACCUGCUCACCAGGUGGUCUCUGCAGUGGCUGCUGGAGGACGAGGAAAACACAGAACAGUUCCUGCUCUGGUUCGAAGCUGUUGUGAGACACGGGAAGGUGGUGAAAGCGGUGAUGUCGGAUCCCGGGUUGAAAGCAGACCUGCUUUGUCUCUAUCAUCGCUCCUUUGAAACGGACUCCGGCUCCACGGCGAGGACGGGAACCUUAAAGCGUUUCACGCACAUCAUGAUCAGCAUGUUGGAGACAGACGGUCAGCUGUCAGGUUUCCACCGGGCGGUGCUGACCGCCUGCAUGCAAGAGCCGUCUCAUGAUGAGUCCAGACAAGAAGCAGGGCUGUUUCUUGUGUCCAUGUUCAUCCAUGAGUUGUGGAGCGGAGCGGCGUCAGCAGAACUCUUCCUGUCUUAUGUCAGAUCGGUGACCAGAUCGGUGACCAGAUCCAAGAACCAAAAACAAAAAGGAUCCAAAUCCUCCAAGAAAGAAGCAGCUGUCAGAGCCAUCUGCCAACAGAUUGUUUCCAUAAAGAGUUAAAGUAGAUAUUUGACACUUUCAUAUGACACAGUUGUACAUAUUUACUUUAAAUCGAGUCUUGUGUAAUGUAUUUGACUUUAUUUCUUUUUUAUUGUAAUUCCUAAAACAAAUUGUAAACAAUUUUGAAACAUUUUUUUACUAUAAACUGUUUUGAAGAUCUGUCUGUUUACUUUCUAAAAGGAAUAAAAAUAUGGAGACGUGGAAGAGAUGAAAGGUU